AUGAGUGGCGCCCCAGACGUGGAGGAGGAGCCGAACAGCGGUCUGAGGCUUGUUGAGGAGGCGCCAGAGCUGCGGCAGCUCCUGGAGCGGGUGGACGGCAGCGCUGGCGAGCAGGCGGAGGCCGUCUUCCCUCGCUUCGCCCAGAUUUUGAGCAAGUACCAAGAGCAGGCGCAGCUGCUGGACCCGCUGUUGGAGGGCGCGGUGCAGCCGCUGGCAGCGCUGCUGCGCGCCCAAGCCGCCGACCCGGCCGCGGCCGACCUGCAGCGCGUGCGUGGCGUCAGCCGCCUGCUCUGGCAGCUCUCCAUGGUCAGGGGGUACAAGACGGUGCUGCGCUUCUUCCCCAACGACGUCGCCAGCUUUGAGCCGGUGGUGGCGCUGCUGGUGCACCUAGAUGACGUGGAGCGGCAGCAGCGGCAGGAGGGUGGCGCGCCGCGGCUGGAGGAUGGGCAGGGCCUGUGGGAGGCUCAGGCAAGGCCGCUGCACGGACUGUACGUGCUCCUGCUGUGGCUGUCCAUGCUGGUGCUGAUCCCCUUUGACAUCGUCCUGGUCGACUCCUCCCUGGGCGGCGCCGCCACAGGGCAGGCAGCGGCAGCAGGCAGUGCAGCGGGCGCCGGCUACCCUCCCCUUGUGGGCACCAUCCUGCGCCUGUGCCAGCGCUACCUGGCCAGCCCCGGCAGCACGCGCGAGAUGGCGGCGGUGGUGCUGGGCCGACUGCUGACGCGGCCCGACAUGGCGCCCACGCUGCGCGAGUUCCUGGGGUGGGGCUGCCAGGCGCUGGGCAGCGGCGACAGCCAGCGCGCAUCCUUCCUGGGCACGGCGCUGGCCUUUGCCACCCUGUUCAAGCUGGGCCAGCGCUCCGCCCUGCUGGCGCCAGCGGCGCAGGUCUUCCCCUAUGCGGUGCAGCUGCUGGGCAGCCAGCUGGCAGCCACCAACGCCCUGGCCAGGAAGCUGGCUGUGAAGCUGAUCCAACGCAUCGGCCUCAUCUUCCUGCGCCCCCGCACCGCCGCCUGGCGCUACCAGAAGGGGCAGAAGAGCAGCAUCGUCGCCAACCUGGGCGGCGGCGGCGGCAGCGGCAGCGGCACUGCAGCCGCCGCUGCGGAAGCGCAGCAGCGCGCGGCGGCAGCGGCAGCAGCGGCGGAGGCGGAGGCGGAGGAGGAUGUGGAGCACGCGGAGCAGCUGGAAGGCGUGAUAGAGGCGCUGCUGACGGGGCUGGCCGACCGCGACACGGUGGUGCGCUGGUCGGCGGCCAAGGGGGGUGCCAGCGACACCGCCUGGCACGGCGGGUGCCUGGGCCUGGCUGAGCUGGCGCGGCGCGGCCUGCUGCUGCCCGAGCGGCUGCCGGCGGUGGCGCCGCUGGUGGUGCGGGCGCUGGAGUAUGAUGUGCGGCGAGGGCACUGCAGCGUGGGGGCGCACGUGCGGGAUGCUGCUGCCUAUGUGUGCUGGGCCUUUGCGCGUGCAUACUCGCCUGAGGCGCUGGGGGCCACCGUGGCUGCGCUGGCGCCCGCCCUCAUCACGGCCGCCUGUUACGACCGGAAGGUCAACUGCCGGCGCGCCGCGGCCGCCGCCUUCCAGGAGUGCGUGGGCCGGCUGGGCGCCUUCCCUCACGGCAUCGACAUCCUCACCGCCGCAGACUACUUCACCGUCUCCGCGCGGCAAAACGCCUACCUGUGUGUGGCUCCCUAUGUGGCCUCCUUCCCCGAGUACUUCCAGCCCCUGGCCUGGCACCUGCUGCGCAGCAAGCUGCGGCACUGGGAGAAGGGGCUGCGCGAGCUGGCGGCGCAGGCGCUGGCGGCCCUGGUGCCGCACCGCCCCGCUUUCUUCCUGGACGAGGCGCUGCCCUUCCUGCUGCCCCUCUGCACCGACGGCGUGCUGGAGGCCCGCCACGGCGCCGUGGCGGCGGUGGCGGAGCUGCUGCCGGCGCUCAGGCUGGCACGCGUGGAGCUGCCUGCGGAUCUGGAGGCGGCAGCGGCAGACAUCGUGCUGGCCGUCGAGCGCGGGCGGCUGACGCGCGGCAAGGGCGGCGAGGUGCUGCGCCCCGCCAUCUGCCGCCUGGUGCAGACCACGGCGGCUGCGGGGCUGGCGCUGCGGGAUGAGCAGCGGGAGUGCCUGUUGGGCCAGCUGCGGGACAACCUGCGCCACGCGACGCCCGAGGUCCAGGCGGCCGCGGCGGCGGCGCUGGCCGCCUUUGCGGCGCGCUACCUGCCGCACGCCAGCCCCGCCGCGCAGCAGCAGCUGGUGCAACACUUUGCGGCGGCGCUGGGCGACGUCGGCAACGUGGCGGCGCGGCGCGGGGGGGCGCUGGCGCUCGGCGCGCUGCCACGCUUUCUGCUGGAGCCGCGGCAGGCUGAGGUGCUGGCGGCGCUGGCGGCGGCCAGCGUGCCGGAGGAGGCGGCAGAGGCGCGGGAUGCGGAGACGCGUGUGAACGCGGCCAAGGCGUUGGCCCAAGUGGCGCUCACCCUGCUGGGCCAGGGCGCGGCAGCAGCCCCAGGCAGUGCCAACACCGGCGGCCCUGAUGGAGCCGACGCCAGCAGCGGCAGCGGUGGCAGCGGCAGCGGUGUGUGCCUGCCCGCCGAGGCCUUGCAGCAGGCCUGCGAUGCGGUGGUGGCGCCGCUGCUGGCAGCGCUAGACGACUACAGCAUUGACAACAGGGGCGAUGUGGGCAGCUGGGUGCGGGAGGCUGCGAUGGAGGGCCUGGCCCGCCUGCUGCCGCUCCUGCUGCCCGCCAGCCAGGCGCACCCCGCGCAGCAGCAGCAGCUGGUGGCCCUGGCCCAGCAAGCCCUGCUGGCGCUGCUGCGGCAGGCGGUGGAGCGCAUAGCGCGCAUGCGGGAGGCCGCGGACGCCUGCCUGCAGCAGCUGCUGCCUGCCGCGGCGGCGGCGGGGGUGCCGCUGGCGGCCGACCUGGCGGCGGCCGUGGCGGGGCGGCCUGUGGAGGAGUUUGGCAGCCUGGAGGCGCUGCCGCAGCUGGCGGCGCUGGUGGCGCGCCCCGAGGUGCAGCCGGCGCUGCUGGAGGGCCUGACCUUCAGCAUCGGCGGGCUGGAUGCGCAGCUGGGCGCCGCCGCGGGCAACGCGCUGGCGGAUGCCGUACAGGAGCAGCUGCAGGAGGACCUGCCCCGCCUGGAGCAGCUGGGCUCCAGCCUGCUGGCGGUGUGGCGACGCCACCGCCGCGGCGGCCGCAUGUGCACCCCGCUGCUGCUCGCCGCCGACCUGCUGCUGAGCCGCACGGCGCUGCGCGACUUGCAGCCGCCGCACUCGGCAUUUCCCGAGCAGCUGCUGGAGCUCGUGAGGGAGGAGGUCAAGGGGUGCACCGAUGUGCCGCGCCUGCAUGCCGCUGCGGGCGUGCUGUGCCAGCUGGCGAGCCUUGAGGAGCCGGUCCGCAGCGGCGCCCUGCGUGCGGCGCUGGGCAUGCUGGGCAACCGCUACCCGAAGGUGCGGCGGUACGCUGCGGAGCAGCUCUACACCAUGCUGCUGACCUUCGAGCCCGCCGAGGACGGCAGUCAGGAUGUGGAGGCGGCCAUGGAGCUGGUCAGCGCCACCGCCUGGGACGGCCCGUUGGAGGGAGUGCGGCAGGCACGGGCGCAGGUGUUCAGCUGCUUCGGCCUGCCCGAGCCGGUGGCUGUGGUGGCCAGGCCGCAGUCGGCCCAACCAGCGGCGGACGCUGGAGCAAGCAAGCCAGGCGGCGCUGCCGUGGACGAGAACGCUAGCUACCAGGCCCUGCUCACUCACACACUACGAGGCAUGUGA